AUGUCGGACAUAUUCCGACCCUUUUUUCGAUCCGUGGAGGACAAGGUCGCCAACAGACGCGAGCAAUUGCGCAAGGCACAAAAGACCUUCCGCGAAAGACGAGACCAGUAUCUCCGCGUCUUGGAGAAGUCCGUCAGGCGUCUGCAGGCCACCGAAGCCAAGCUGCAGAAUGAAGUCGACCAGCUUGAGCGAGAUCUGGCUGCGACGAAAAGCAAGCUCGCCCAGUGUGAAGCUGAGCUGCGCAAGUCAACCCCUUUGACACACUACAAUUACGCCUAUUCAAACAAGAGCGGCUAUGUGCCUGGAUCCGGAGAGUUCAAUCUCGCACCUGAAAUAGGUGGCGCAGAGAAGCCGGCCUACCUUUCGCCCCCCUAUAGCUGUGCUGAGAGUGGAGCGGGUGCAUCCGUCAGUGGCACCUCCUCUUGCAGCACUCUUGUCUGGAUCGAGACGAUGAAUGGCCAGCCGGUUCAGAUGCAUGUCCAGCAAACGCAAGACUUUGGGUUUCUGCCACCCAAUGGUAGCAAAAAUGCGUAUGCCGGCGCGCUAUCACCGGCGUCAGCCUCGCUAGGUCCAGAUAGAAGCGCGACAACAAUCCUUGUGGCCCAGCUCGACGCCGUGGCUGUUGCGAUGGAAUUUGUGCUCAAGCUCGAAUCUCCAUGUCUCCCUCAUCUGCAGAAAAGCGAGGAAGAAGAAAACAACCCUUCCACCUCCUCAAGCAGCUCUCCCCACGGGCACGUCCACACAGCCUCAGCGGCCCUUCUGUGCUGCUAUCCGUCUCCUUCAUCCUCUUCCACGGUCUCACCGCCAACAUCGACGUCAUAUGCAGACACAAAAAUAAACACAUCACACGCCUCACCACUCUCCCCACCAGCGACGUCCUCAUCAUCGCCUUCCUUUUCGCCACUGACCUGGCCCGCCCCAAAGGCAACUCUCGAACGCCUUCUGGAGAUCUCCGACAAUUUGCCAAUCGACCGACCCUCGGAAUUGACGCCGGUCCAAGCAUGGCACUGUGUGCGGCAGUCGCCGAGUUUCACGUCGAUGAAUGUGCAGGGCUUGAACCGGAUGGCCGAGAGGUUGGUCGCGCACGUCAAGUGUUAUGGGUAG